GGACGACGACGAGGAGAAAAGAAUGUGUCAGUCGGUGCCCCGUUCUCGGCCCACGCAGCAGGAGCCUUGGAGUCUCCGCAUUGAACAGUCGCUAGAAACGUAGUUUCCAGAACGUCUUUCCCGCGAGGCCUCCUGCUUGCGAUCCCCCACCAGCGACGUUCUGCCCCAUGAGACUCAGCGGCCCUUCUAAACGUCGCCGUGACACUCCCGCCCGCAUCCCGCCCUUGUGGACAGGACGGGCCUCGACGGCGCCCCUGUGGCGGUACCCACCCCUCGGGUCGCCUUUUUUCGUGCCUGCGCCGUUUCUGCCACCAGCAGCCAGCGAAGGAGGUCCUUCGACCUCAUCGACCGCCGUACCUCCAAAGAAGGACGCCAAGAUUGUACAGUUCGAGUGGAACGGAUGCACCUUCUACCGGUAUAUCCCGGACGGAUCUAAAAUGGGCAGCUCAAGGAUUUUCCCUACAGACCCUUUUGGUCGGUCCCGGGGCUUCGACCUCGGCUGGGACCGCGGGCGAAGGCCUGCACCGCGGUCGCAGAGCAGGCGAAGGAAACAGAUGCAACAAAACAGUCCUGUUCCAAGACCUCCCUGGAGCAGCGCAGCGUUGGCAGACACUAAACAACCGCCCUACCGCGGUCCGUUUCGACCAAGGGAUAACCCUAGGAUCCCCCGUAAGGAGGCUAAGCCGCCGUCCAGUCACAUCCACCUGCCUCCUUUCCUGGCCGGUACGCCUUCCAAGACUGGUUCCAGCACCUCAACCACGAAGAGCCCGUCGCCUAUUUCUGCGUCCACGUCGUCCGGACCUACAAGGACAACCCCUCCCGCCUUCCAGCCAAGGCAAAGAGAAACCGUCUUACCGUUUGCAGCGAGAGCAUUCGGUAUGUCGGACAGCGAAUUUUCAUCACCGACCUUGCCGAAGAAGGACCCCAAGAAACAAACGGCACCAGCCAAGAAAGUACCCGAAGUACCAGAGACUGACAGCUUGGGAGCUAAGCCUAAGAAGCCAGCCAAGAUAACGCCGUCGACGCCCAAACCAGCGGAACGGCCCCCUGCGUUUGGAUCGAAAACGUUUAACAGGGGGCCACCCUUUCGAAAUAGUCCUCGAGUCUACAGCUCCACAGUUUUAAAGGACUUUAACACUGGAAGCAAGCUUGACCUUGGAGACAAGACAAUUCCUUCGGUGGUUAUGAGUAUUCCUGCGGCGACCCCCGCUCCGAAGGAACAAAGAAAACCCGAGAAGAGAGUCCGGUAUCGAGCAGAGAUCGUGGGCUCCAACAUAAUUGUGACGCGAGCCGACUCUGAAGCCAGCAGCCCUGAAAAGGCAGAUUCCGCGGCGAAGCCUGGAGAGGCUCAAGAGCCAGUGAGCAACGCUACGGUCGAGGACAAGGCGUCAUGCUCGCCCAAGAAUGAAGAUAUGCCGUCGAAACUUGGAGCUGGCGACGACAAAGUUUCGGAGGACUUCGACAACCUCGACACGACUUAUGUCGUCGGAGAAAGCGGAGAAAAAGUGAAAGACGCGUUCACUCAGCUCGCCGGAAGUCUGUCCGAGGACGAAGGUGACCGGGUCAUCACGGUGAACCUCUCGGACGAGCGAUUUACGUCGGAGUCCACGAGCCACGAUGGCACGCCGAUGUUCUCGGAGUCCGAAGACUUCUCCAUCGACGGAAGGAGUUCCAGAAGUGUUCAGACGGACUUUCCCGAGAGCCCAGAGUGUGAAGUAGGUCCUCUUGUAUCCGAAACGAGCAAAGAGGAAAUUCAGGAUGGCGAGAAACAGAGAGCGGAGGAGGGCGUGAAGCCGGAGCUUGGCUCAAGGAAUCUCGUCCAAGACGAGCACAAGACUGCGACGAGCUCGGGGAUGAGUUAUUCGCACACUUCGUUUUCAGAAGAGCCGCCCACCACAAGUGGUUCAGAGAUGUACCUGGACAGCCUGAUCUCGUCACCCCACGAGGAUGACGUCCAGAGAAGCUGUGAUGUCCAGCGCUGCGAUGCGACUACGUCUACCAAGCUUCUCCUGGACGACCUAGACGUCUUCUUGAAGGACUGCAGUCCCAUCAGGAGUCCCGAGAAGGACGCUGCGCACGCUGACGACGACGGGUCCCUGAACCAAGUCAGCAUUUCGGAAGGAGAAAUCACUGCAACAGUUCAGUUCGAUUCGGAAAGCAUUCCUCCAGAACAGGAAGAACGGAUCUCGACGAACAGCGAGAUGAUUCUAAUCAACUUCGCCGAAGACACGUCCACUCUGAAGGAGCAUCUGGAUAGUCUCGUCGCAGACUACAGGAGCAAGGUCGUACCGGUACCGUCCGAUUCCGAAGAUGAUCCUGACAAUAUCCUGGAAAGACACGAAGGAUCUUCACCGACGGAGUCCUGCGCGCCGGUUCUGAAACCCGCUGAUGUCUCUCCCGUCAAGUCCGAAGGACAAAGCACUGACACUCUGAACGAGACGUGCGGCGCGGGAGACGUGAAGAUCGACGCUUCCGAAGCCUCCGAGCACAAGUCCUUUCGUGCCGAUGGAAGUGGAGUUGACGAGGCUGAAACGUCGCAGAGCUUCUGUUCAACGUGUGAGGAUAUGAACAGUUCGCAAAGAGGCGAGACUGUACUUAAAAUCACGCAAAAUGUGGAAGGUAUGGAGGAUGUUGUUUUGCAGAAGGGGUCACUGAGUCCUCGUAAUAUCAAAGAAGAACGAGACAGGGACAUCAUUCCAUGUUUUGUAGAAGAGAGCGUAGAGUACGUCCUGGAAAGCGAAGAAGAGGAGUACGAGUUAAAGCGUCGUUUAAAGUCCGGAACGUCUAAACAGGGGGACGACCGAUAUCCUGAAAACAGGAACAGCUGGCAGAACGCCGACCGCAAGCACCGCGUACCUGCGCCUCCAGAAGUCGUAGUCGAGAAAGACACUGCUCCAGGUCUGAUUUACGACUGCCCUUGGUGGACGUACGCGCAGUCUGAGGACCCGACGAAACGGGUCGCGGGCCGUAAGGCGGAGGAGAGCCCGUGGUCUAUCCUGGGCGCUGAAGACCCUGUCGAGGAUGAAGAGUCAAGCGUCACUACGGAGGGCAACGUGUGGCAGAACUUUCUUGUGAAGUCUGGAGAACUCACCUUGCCUUCUGGUGGAGAGCAUACGGAAGAAGAGGAUCAGUGCACGCGUUCAGACGCGGACUUCAGCGCGUUGUAUAUCGAUGACCAGCCCGUGAAACCUUCGUUGAAGCCUCACUGGACCACGGAGAGCCUCCAGAACUCUACUAUGUUCGACCGAGACUCCAUCUCCUUCUACGACAUGGGAGGCGAACAGCAAGACGGCGAGCCCCAACGCCUGCCACAGUCUGUCAGCAUGGAGACCUUGAUGAGUACAAGUCGUCUGAACCCAGAAGACGUUCCCGGCAACUCGCCCGUCGAGUCCGGUAGGCAAGAGGAAGGCGACGAACAAGUUCCGGACGUCGAAGAGUGUGCUCACGGCGACACGGCCGACACUAAAGAGGCCGAAGACGACGCUCCGGGCGGUAACUCUCCGGUACGGAAGAGUGGCCAGGUUGUGACCCCGUCUCAACCGGGCGUAGACGGCGAUCCUGGAGAAGGGAACGAGGUUGACGGUGGACCAGGUGGAUCUCCCUGCGACGAUGCCAUAGCGGAGAAGAAAACGGCGGACAAACCGAUGGGGAAGAUUCGAACCCGGUUCCGGGAUUUCUUUUGGAAGCACAAGUGAAGGGGGGGACGGCCGGUUGUUAUGCUCUUGUUUGUGUGUUAUCUUGUUGCUAGCAACGCCAGUUAUUGUAACGCGUUAUAGAAGGCGCCUAUUGGAACAGCGGGUCGAAAUUUUGUUAAUCCGCUACGCGUUGUUUUGCUGUUGUGUUGAGCCCGCGAGAGCCUGUUGCGAAAAAGGGAGUAAAAACUAGUGUUAUGACAGCUGGA